AUGGCGCUCCGCGGCCCCCCGCGGCCGCGCAAAGUUCGCAGGAGACGAGAGAUGCUGCUGCAGCAAGUUGGCUUCGUGUGCGCGAUUUUGGCCCUGGUGUGCUGUGCGUCUGGCCUCUUUGGCAGCUGGGGGCACAAAACAGCUUCUGCUGGCAAACGUGUUUUACCAGACACGUGGAGAAGUAGAAGGCUGAUGGCAUCAGUGAACGGGACUCAGACAGCUAAGAACUGCACAGAUCCGGCGAUUCAUGAGUUCCCCACAGACCUGUUCUCCAAUAGCGAGCGACAGCACGGAGCCGUCCUGCUGCAUAUCCUUGGUGCUCUGUACAUGUUCUACGCCUUGGCCAUAGUGUGCGAUGACUUCUUCGUUCCGUCUCUAGAGAAGAUCUGCGAGAAACUCCAUCUGAGCGAAGAUGUGGCUGGAGCUACCUUCAUGGCUGCAGGAAGCUCAACGCCAGAGCUGUUUGCCUCUGUAAUUGGUGUGUUCAUCACCCACGGAGAUGUCGGGGUUGGGACCAUCGUGGGCUCUGCUGUGUUCAACAUCCUGUGUAUAAUCGGAGUUUGUGGAUUAUCCGCAGGGCAGGUGAUCCGUCUGACGUGGUGGGCCGUGUGCCGAGACUCUGUGUACUACACCCUCUCUGUCAUUGUGCUCAUUGCCUUCAUAUAUGAUGAAGAAAUUGUGUGGUGGGAAGGCCUGGUGCUCAUCAUCUUGUACGUGUUUUACAUUCUGAUCAUGAAGUACAAUGUGAAGAUGCAGGCCUUUUUCACAGUCAAACAAAAGACCAUUGCAAAUGGCAACACGGUCAACAGUGAGCUGGAGGAUGGUAAUGAUUACUGUGAUAGUAGCUCUGAUGACCCUUCCAUGCCAUUGCUGGGGCAAGUGAAGGAGGGGCCGCAGUACAGCAGAAACCCAGUGGUGAUGGUGGAUGAGGUCAUGAGCUCCAGCCCUCCCAAGUUCACCUUCCCGGAAGCAGGCUUACGCAUAAUGAUCACCAAUAAGUUUGGGCCCAGGACUCGUCUGCGGAUGGCCAGCAGGAUCAUAAUUAACGAGAGGCAGAGGCUGAUCAACUCGGCAAAUGGUGUGAGCGGCAAGCCACUUCAGAACGGGAGACACGAGCGCAUCGAGAACGGGAACGUUCCCGUGGAAAGCCCUGCAGAGCCGCAGCGGGAGCAGCCGCCGCCGGCCCCGGAGCCAGAGCUGGUCGAGGCCGCUUUCCUGUCCCCCUUCUCCAUGCCCGAGGCAAGAGGGGACAAAGCCAAGUGGGUGUUGACCUGGCCACUCAUCUUCCUCCUGUGCACCACCAUCCCCAACUGCAGCAAGCCCCGCUGGGAGAGGUUCUUCAUGCUCACCUUCGUCAUGGCCACGCUGUGGAUCGCUGUCUUCUCCUACCUGAUGGUGUGGCUGGUGACUGUUAUUGGAUACACCCUUGGAAUUCCUGAUGUCAUCAUGGGCAUUACUUUCCUUGCAGCAGGCACGAGCGUUCCAGACUGCAUGGCCAGCUUAAUUGUGACGAGACAAGGCCUUGGUGACAUGGCGGUCUCUAACACCAUAGGAAGCAACGUGUUUGACAUCCUCGUGGGACUCGGUGUACCAUGGGGGCUGCAGACCAUGGUUAUUAAUUAUGGAUCCACGGUGAAGAUCAACAGCCGGGGUCUGGUCUACUCCGUGGUGUUGCUUCUGGGCUCCGUUGCUCUCACCGUCCUCGGCAUCCAUCUGAACAAAUGGAGGCUGGACCGGAAGCUGGGGGUCUACGUGCUGGUUCUCUACGCCAUCUUCUUGUGCUUCUCCAUAAUGAUAGAGUUUAACGUCUUUACCUUUGUCAACUUGCCGAUGUGCCCAGAAGACGAUUAA